AUGUCUUCGUCACCGCAAAGCCCAGAGAGCGUCUCCCAGCGUGCGCUAGCAGAGGAUCCUAACAAAGGACGUUGCUUGUCGGUGCAAAACAGUGCCGACCCAGACCCCAUCCUCCCUUCAAACGUCGACGAUAUCAUACCCGAGAUGUACCAUUCUGAGUAA